AUGUCAGGUAAAAUAAGAGCAGUUAUAAGCAGGUUUUCGGAAAGAUUGAGAGCAGACUCAGAGAAGGCUGAAGAAGUAUUAAAGAAUGAGCCCUUAGUUAAGGAUGAAUUAUUACGGUUUUCAAAUCACAUUGAGAGCAAGGCUAAGGAAUCCAUUGAAGGUUUGGAAUUAAAUAAUCGCAAUUACCAAACCGCAAAAGAAAUUUUAAGUAACAGAUUUGCUACUGACCUUAGAGAAUUUAUGGUCAAAGUACAUAAGGUUGUAAGGCAGUUAAAGAGUAGUGAUGAUAAUAUUAACCAGGGAACGACUUUGAUGGCAAUAGAAAAGAAGUUGCUGCAACAAGUGCUAAUUGAAUUGAAAAGUGAUAAAGAAAAGAGAGUAAGUGUGAAUGAUCAGAGAGAGUCACUAGGAGAUACUGAGCAACUAUUAGGAGAUUUAGAGAGAUAUGUAAAAAUUAGGCAAGAGACAGAUGCGCUAGUUCUGAAGGAAGACAAGAAAAAUUAUAAGCAGAGAGGAUCCGAGAAAGAAAUUCAUCCAAAUGAUCAAAUAGCUAAGAAAGAAAAACUGAAAAUAUUAGAAUUAACUUGGAUAGAAAAUAAAGAUAUGUUGAGUUUAAAAUUAGUAGAGGUAGCUAGGCGUGAACAGUGGACAAAACGUCAAGUACCUAAUCAAACAGCAAAAAAUUGUGGUUCAUUAGGCUACUUAACACCGAUAUUUACUAAAGCUAUGAUUUUCUUUCGACAAUUAUAAAAUAGAGUAAUGGAAAUUCGAGACUAUGACAAUAUAGAAUUCAGACACACUUCAGGUGCGGAGAAUCUAGCUGAUUCAUCAACAUACCCAAGAAUUGAGAUCUGGGGAAUUGUUAAUCAUAAUGGAAUAUUAAGAUGUCAGGGUAGGAUAAUGCAGACUUAUCCAGGCAAAGAAAGCCCUAUACUGUUACCAUCCGGUGACAAAGAAGAACAAACUGUAAUACCACCACGUGAAGUUGUAAUCAAGAUUUGUGAAGCAGUAGUAACAAUAUGGGCUUCAGGGAAAAUUAUCAGAAAGCUUCUUUUAAAAUGUAACUCUGCACUUUGUGAAUUUAUUCAAUGUUGUUUUUGUCUUAAAGCGAUAUUUAAUCCUCAAUGCGCUUCGAAAUGGGAAAAGUUCAUUCUUAUA